AUGAGCCUUUUUAGUAAUAGUAGUAGUAAUAACAACAACAAUAAUAAUAGUGAUAGCAGCGAAGAGGAUAACAAAAACUCAUUUUGGAAUAAAAAAAAAUCAUUUAGCAAAUCACCUACCAAAAAUACUGUGCAGCCAUGGGUAUUGAUAACAUCAAAACCAAGAUCAAAUACUCCCAUUAAAAAUACACCAACUUUUAGUUCAUAUACAAAAGAGGAGGAUAAAUCACCUAUUAUUACCGAUACUACCGAAAAAAGUGUUAAAAGUUCAUUCGAUUUCUUCAGAAAGGCAUCAAUAGCCUCAUCAUCUGCAAUAACAACAUUAAAAUCAUCUUUGUCAUCUUCUUCAUCAACAUCAACACCAAAACCGACACCAACAACUACAUCCACAACCACUUCAAUCCAAACUAAAAAUACAACAAACUCACCAAAUAGUACACCAAUAUCAUUUUUAACAAAAAAAACCAGUGACCUAUCAAAAAAUACAAAUAACAUAAAACUCGAUACCUCAUUAUCUAGUUCUACAUCCACUAUAUCAACUCUAUCUACAUCAUCAUCAUCAUUGUCCACAUCGGUAUCAUCAUUAUCACAUACAUCAUCGUUGUCAUCAACAAAUAGUACAGUUGUAUCACCAUUUAAAAGAAAUAAAACAGAAAUCGAACCAGUUAAAGAAGUCAUUAAAUUAGAUUCAAUCAAUAAAAGCAAAACCAGUGUGGAUCUAGGCAGUAAAAAAGAUGUUUACGAUAUUGAUAUGCUAUCAAAUUUCGAUUUUGAUGAAGGUCCCAUAGAUACCUCAAAACCUAAACCCCCACCAAAGAAAACCUCCAAAGAAUUGGCACAUCUCAAAAAAGAGGAAAAAGAGAAGGAAAAGGAAAAGGAAAAGCUUAAAAAAGUAGUUAAAACCUCAACAUCUAAUAGAAAGAAAAAAUCUACUCUCUCAAUUGAUUUGGAUGCUCCUUCUCCAUCACCAUCCUCAUCCCAAGUUUCACAGGAUAAACAUAGCUCAAGAUCAAAAUUAAAGAGGUCAAAAGAAGAUAUAUUUAAUGAUAGUCAAAAUGACGAAAAUACAUUAAUAUCUAGUAGAGUAUUAUCACAAUCUUUCGAAAGCAACGAGUUACAUUACGAAGAGGCCACAAAAAUUAUUAAAUCUUUAGCAUCAAAUGAUUCAAAAAUUAUAUUAGCAACACUAGGUCAGUUGUCAAAAAUUGUUACAGAGCAAUGUUCAGAAUUUACACUCAUUUUAAGAUCACAUAGUUUAUUUACACCCCUUUGCGAUACAUUAAUGUCAUUGUGUUUAUUUAAACAAGACGAUAAUAACGAUAGUAAUCCAUUAGCAAAUAAAAAAUCAAAUACCCCUCCAAAUUUUAAUAAUAAAAAAAAUAAACCAUCACCAUUAACCACAGUUAAAAGAUCAAGCUCGUUGGACUCUUUAAAGAAACAUAACACAAAUGCCAAUAUUGAUUUGCUAUCAUUGUUUUUAUCAACAACAGCUGAUGAUGGUAGUGCCAGUAGUGAAAUUCUUACAACAACAAAUGUAAAUAAAAAUAAUAGAGAUUUUGAUACAAGUACAGAUACUGAAGAUGAAGGUGAAAAACCGACCAUUACAAAAAAAAAACAUAAAUCAAAUAGUGGUUUAAUGUCACUAUCGUCGUCAUCGACAUCAAACAAAAACGAGGCAACCACCAGUAAUAUUUCAGAAAAUAAUUUAACAGAUAGGGAAAUAAAAGCAGUUUAUUUAGCAAGUUGCUUUAUAUUAUUCGCAUUCUCAAGUGAACAAACUAACAUUGAACAUUUCUCAAGAGGUACUAUAGAGUUUCUAUAUUCCCAGGCCAUUAAAAUCCCUGAGAAUUAUCUUUUAGAGUUUUAUACUACACCGUCAAGAUUACCCAAAUCACCUAAAUCACCUAAAUCACCGUCAUCAAGUGGAGUAUCACCGCUAAAAAAGAUGCUAGAGUUGGAAACGAGUAUAUUUUCGCACUUUCAAACACUAGUCAGUGAUACAGUAAGAUUUUCAGUUUCGACACCAUCAUUAUCUUUAGCAACACUUUCUAAUUUAGCAUCAAAUCAUAUUAAUCACUCAAUGAAAUUGCGUUUAAAGGAAUUUGGUUUAAUGGAUGGUAUGGUUAAACUACUUACAAGGUAUAUAGAUUAUCUCAAUCCUAUAUUAGAUCUAUCAUCAAUCUCACCAAAGCUAAUUGGAAAUAUCGAGUAUAUUUUGAAAAUUAUUGAUCAGUGUCUAGUCGGUGAUAUUAAAGCCAAUAGAGUGUUAUUAGUAACACAGGAUACAUUGUCAAUGUUUUUAACUUAUAUAAGAUAUUUAUAUGUUGCAAUCAAUGCUAAUAAUGAUAGAUUGGCCGGUUUGGAUAUUAAGCUCAUCGGAAGUGAGGCAAUUAUAUCAAUUUUAAAUAUUUUAUUAAAUUUAACGCAUGACAAUUUUGAAGCUUCAAAGUUAAUUAAUCAAAUUACAAAAUCUUUUAAUAAUUAUGAUAGCAAUAAUAAUAAUAAUAAUAAUAAUAGCAAUUCACAAAUAAUUAACAGUACAAAUAAAAAUAAAUCACCAAUUAAUAAUAAGAAUGAAUUUGGAGUUAAUAAAGAAUUUAGCGAAUAUUUGGAGUCAAUUAGUAAUUCAAAAUUUACACCCAGAAAAGUUAAAUUUUUAGAAUCAAUCGAAAUAAAAGAGAAUUUUGCAUUCAAGGUCAUCAUUCAAUUGCUAAAACUAGAGGUGCCGGAGAAAUAUGAUAUUGGUCAGUUAUGUAUAUCUCUAUUGGUAAAUCUUGUAGAAAUUAAUCCAGAGAACCGUGAAAUUCUUCAUAAUAUGGAGGGUGCCAUUGAGUCCAUUUUACAACUUUAUCUAUGGAGAACCAAUGACUCACGUAUUAUAACUAGGGUUACAACAAAGACUCAAGAGAAAAUCGCAUCAUCUUAUUUAGUUAUUUUAAUAGGUUACUUAAUCAAAGACCAUGCAGAAAAUAGACAAUUAGUAAUUAAAACACUACCAAAUCAUUCAUUUGACGAUAUGGUUAAACUAUUGAUGGAUUUUAUAGAGUUUCAAUUUAACAGCGAAAUUUUAACCGAUGAAUUUUAUAAAUUGGUUUGUAAUUUAAUAAAUGAUGUUUUCUUAAUUGAAAGUACAUCGCCAUUACCCUUUUCAAACGAAAUUAAAUUAAAAUAUCAAUCAUUUAAUAGUGAUUAUGAUAAAAAAUUAAAUUUAACAAAUAAUAAUAAUAGCAAUAACAAUAAUAGUAAUAAUAAACAAAUAAAUAAAUAA